AUGGUGAAAAGAAAGGUUGCCGCGCUCGAGAAAAUCGAUGCCGACUUUGCGAGUCUGCAAUACAAGAUCCGUCGUGAUCCCAAAUCGUACAAGGAUGAAUUCUUAAAGCAGUGGGAGCAGUACGAGUCCCAGCGCGACAUCUUCCUCGCCUCCCCAACCACCGCCUCGGCCGACUCGAUCGAAUCCUUCCACAACAUGGUCGACCUCAUGGCACACAUUGCCGACUGCUACCCGGACGUCAUGGGCCGCUUCCCCGGCGACCUCGAGGCCAUCCUGACACAGCACCACGCCAUCUUGCACCCGGAGCUGCGCGAGAAGAUUGUCGGCAGCCUGCUGCUCCUGCGCCGCAAGGACGUCGUCGACUCGGCCACGGUCCUCCAGGCCCUCUUCCCAAUCCUCGUCUCCUCGCCCUCCAAGUCGCUCCGCGCGCUGCUCUUCACCAAGAUCCUCAGCGACCUGCGCAACUCCAACACGCGGUCCAUCAACCACCCGCUCAACCGCACCAUCCAGACCGUCCUCUACAACCUGGUGACGGCGGACCGCGCCUCCCCGCGCGCCAUCUGGGCCAUCAAAAUCACCCGCGAGAUGUGGAAGCGUCAGAUCUGGACCGAGUCCAAGCCCGUCGACGUCAUGAAGGAGGCCUGUCUCUCGGACAACGAAAAGGUCGUCAUCGGCGCUGUGCGCUUCUUCCUCGGCGGCGACAAGGAGCGCGAGGAGCUCGAGGACGAGAGCAGCGACGAGGAGGUCGACCUCGCCAAGGUCAAGCACCAGGUCACCAUCAACAAGAAGACCAAGAAGCAAAAAAAGACCUACUCCAAGGCCGUGGACAAGAUCAAGCGCCAAGAACGCAAGAAAAACGCCCCUCAUCCCCUCAAUUUCUCCGCGCUGCACCUGCUGCACGAUGCCCAGGGUUUUGCCGAGCAGCUCUUCUCCAAGCAUCUGCAAAACACAAAGACCAAGCUGUCCCUCGACUCGAAACUGCUCGUCCUACAGCUGGUGACGCGUCUCGUCGGUCUGCACAAGCUCACCGUCGUCCCUCUGUACUCGUGGUUCAUCAAGUACCUCACCCCGCGCCAGCAAAACGUCACGUCGUUCCUCGCCUCGCUCGCGCAGGGCACGCACAACCUCGUCCCGCCGGACGCGCUCGAGCCGCUCAUCCAGAAGAUUGCCAACGAGUUUAUCUCGGAGGCGUCGGCGGCCGAGGUCGCGGCGGCCGGCCUCAACGCGAUCCGCGAGGUGUGCGCGCGCCAGCCGCUCGCCAUGACGGACACGCUACUGCAGGACCUCGUGCAGUACAAGAAGAGCAAAGACAAGGGCACCAUGAUGGCGGCCAAGGGCCUGCUUUCGCUGUACCGCGAGGUCGGCGCGGAGCUCCUCCGGAAGCGCGACCGGGGCAAGAGCGCCACCAUGGGCCUGCGCAGCGGCGUCCAGAAGCAGCACAUGUUUGGCGAGGAGGCGCCCGGCGAGAUUGAGGGCCUCGACCUGCUCACCAAGUGGAAGCAGGAGCAGCGCAGGAGGCGCCUCGCCGAGAGGGGCCUGCCGUCGGAUGCUGAAUCCGACGACGAAGACGAGCAGGCGGCCAAGGACGAGGAGUGGGAGGUGGCGUCCGACGACAGCAGCGAGUCGGGCGACUGGAUCGCGGUGAGCAGCGAGUCAGAGGCCGAAGACGCGCCGCCCAAGGAGAAGAAGCGCCCGCGAACCAGCAAGGCUGCCGCUGCCGAAGACGGCGCCGAGGGCGACGACGAAAAGGAGGACACCGAGGCUCAAGAGGCGGCCGCCGCCGAGCACGAGGCCGAAAUUGCCGACAUGAUGAAGCUCGCGACCACGACGGUGCUCACGCCGGCCGAUCUCGCGAAGCUGCAGGAGCUGCGCACCGCAGCCUCGGUCCAGCGCGCGCUGGGCGGCACCCGCGCCAACAAGAAGCAGAGCAACGGCGGGCACGACGACCGGCACAUGGACGAGGGCCUGACGGCGGAGAACAUCGAGGCGCCCGCGCGCCUGCGCAAGCUGACCAAGGAGGAGCGCGUGGCGCUGGCGCGCGAGGGCAAGCCGGACCGCGAGGAGCACAAGAGCACGCAGGCGAUGCGCAAGGCCAAGCUGCAGGCGGCGGGCAAGUCGACGUCGAACCGGGAAAAGGAGCGCAAGAAGAACUUUUUGAUGACGCUGGGCAAGGCGCGCAGCAAGCACAAGAGGAGCCUGGUCGAGACGAAAAAGGUCCUGCAGGGGCAUGUGAGCCGCAGCACGCAGGGCGGUCGACGACGCAACGGUGCGUAG